AUGAAUUCAAAGGUUUUGCAGAAACUGAGACCUUUCAUUGGUGUUAUCUUCUUGCAAUUCGGGAGUGCCGGUUUUGGUAUAGUCGCGAAGGCGGCUCUAAAUCAAGGCAGCAGCAAUUACACUUUCGCCGUCUACAGAAACGCGAUCGCCGCUGCUCUUUUCAUCCCUUUCGCCCUCAUUUUCGAGAGGAAAACCAGGCCGAAAAUGACGUUCAGCGUAAUGUGGAAGAUCUUCUUGCUUAGCUUAUUCGACCCGGUUAUCGGCCAGAACAUGUUCUAUGCCGGGAUGAGAUAUUCGUCGGCUACUUUUGCUGCAGCUCUGUGCAAUCUCAUUCCGGCUAUCACUUUCGUAUUGGCUUGGAUACUUAGGUUAGUAAAAGUGAACUUCAAAAGCCUUCACAGCCAUGCAAAGAUUAUGGGGACUCUGGUUACUGUAGGUGGAGCCAUGAUUAUGACUCUGAUUGCCGGGCCCGUGAUAGGAUUGCCAUGGACGCACGAAUCCCAUGAUAAUCAACAAGCCUCUGCAAACCCUGAAAAUCCUGUUAAGGGAGCUAUCAUGAUCGCCGUCGGUUGUACCGGCUAUUCCGCUUUUUACACUCUUCAGGCAAUUACAUUGAAAUCGUACCCAGCUGGGCUUUCUCUAACGGCUAUGGUGUGUUCUCUUGGAGCCUUCCUCGGGACUAUUCUCACUUUCGGAGUGGUGUGUUCUGGUAUAACAUAUUAUUUAUCCGGGGUAAUAAUGAAAGAAAAAGGACCGGUUUUCGUUACCGCAUUUAAUCCGCUUGGCAUGGUGAUCGUCGCGGUUCUGAGUUCUUUCAUUUUUGCCGAGCAAAUGACAGUCGGAAAGGUGUGUGGCGCUACAGUCAUCGUUAUCGGGUUGUACUUAGUAAUUUGGGGGAAAAGCAAGGACCAGAAAGCAAUAGAAAUUUCCCAGCAACAACUGCCAAAAACAGCCACGAGCCCUUCUUCAACAAAUGAUGAGCCCAAAGAUGAUCAUGCAAACAAAACAAUAAUAGCUGGUCCUGAGGCUGUUUAA